AUGAUAAAAGAAAUAAAAGUCACUUUAUUGGGAGACUCUGGAGUUGGAAAAAGUAGUAUAGUAAAUCGUUUUUGUUUUUCAAAGUUUAAUGACAAAAAUAAAGUAAGUCCAGCAGCAGAUUAUUUUUCAAAAGAAAUACAAUUAGAAGGUAAUAUAAUUAAGUUUUAAAUGUGGGAUACUGCUGGAUAAGAAUAAUUUAGAAGUCUGGUUCCUCUUUAUUUAAGAAGUAAUAUUAAAUCUUAAAAAUAGAUUCUUAAGUGGCAAUCAUUGUUUAUGAUAUCACAUAAAAAUCAUCAUUUAUUGCUUUAAAAGAAUGGAUCAUUAAUUUAGAAUAAGUAUGUUCAAGAAAUUUAAGUAUCUAAAAUUUUAAUUUUAGUUUUUAUUCUUGUAGGAAAUAAAUGUGAUCUAAUUGAUUAAGAAGCAGUUACUUAUGAUGAAGCUAAACAAUAUUCUUAUGUAAAACUUUUUUAAUAAAUUCUAGUAACUUUAAGCACUUUUCUAAUACACAAGUUGUAAAACGAAUGAUGGAAUUGAAGAUUUAUUUCGUAUAAUUGCUGGAGAAUAUUUAAAAUAAGAAGAAGAAUUAAAAAAUUAAGUAAAAUUAAAUAAUUCAAUUUAGUAAAAUACAAAUCAUAAAUAAAAUAGUAAAUUAUCAAUCGAAAAAAAUUACUAUUCCUCAUGUUGUUGA